UUCAAAGAAACUCCUUUCAUUUCGGGAUUUCCCCGUGAAUUAACAAGCAUUCCGCAGUUCUCUGAUCACAAUGAGUCGCGAAGUUCUAUCACCUCCUGUCCAAGCGAUGAGCCAAAACCGGCGCUAUAGGGUUAACAUUGUUCACGAAGACUUCGGAGGCGACAAGUGGAAUGGCCAAAAUAAAGGGUCUAAAAGGCAGAACCAGGCCUACGAGGAACCAGAUUUAUAUGGCGAAGACGAUGACGAGGAUGAUCCGGCGGCCAGUAACAUUGAGGAGUCCCCAAAUGGCGACUUCAAGCUUGCUCUUCAUGUGCCAAAAUCAUUCUACGGCGGAUUAAUUGGCCUCAAGGGUUCUACUAAGCGCCGCAUCGAGGAGGAGACCAGGACAGAGAUCUACGUUCCACGUCAGAACGAGAAGUCCAACGACGUGGUCAUCAGAGGCAAACAACGCAGUCAGUUGUGCGCUGCACUGCGUCAAAUCCGCCAUCUGAUUACCUCGCUGCGGAAGAAGAUGAAGCCCACCCACUUUUUGGCCGUGGCCAUGAACUCCGGGGAAGUCCAGAAGCGUUUUGUAGAACUAAAGAAAAGCAUCUUAGAGGCUCAGUUGCCAGGCAUUGAUGAGGAGUUGUUCAUGCCGGAGCGCAGUAUCCACCUUACCUUAGGUGUCUAUGUGCUCUUGGAUGAUGAUGAACGCCAAAGGGCGCUCAAGGAGCUGGAAGCCUGUCGUCCCCUUUUGGCUGACCUAAAAACGCCCUUCGAAAUGAAGGUCAAGGGCCUGGAGAUCAUGAACGACGAUCCCAGCUUCACUCGCAUUCUAUACGGUCGCGUCGAGUCUCCGGAGCUCCAGAAGUUCGCGGAUCAGUGCUUGAGCCACUUCCAGGGUACCGGACUGUGCGCCACGGAUAACAACGAGCGUGAAUCUAUCAAACUCCACAUGACCCUGAUGAACAACCGCUACCGCAAGGAGGCAAUGAAGGCUGGGAACAGUUUCGAUGCCCGCGAGAUCCUGAAGCGCUUUGGAGACUUUGACUUCGGAGCUGCACAGUGCCAGGCGGUGCAUCUGUGCGUACUAAAAUCCCGCGGAGAAGACGAGUUCUACAAGAUAUCCGGCAGUCUGCAGUUUUAAGAACAAUUUGUUAUAGAUUUGUGUUCAUUAGGAUAUGUAAAUAUGUACAAAUAUGAAAUAACAGAUCUAUUUAAACUUUA